AUGAUGGCAGAAAGGAUGACCAAUUAGUCAUCUUUACUCGUCGUUCUUGCCUAUAUAUAUAUAUACACACUGAUGCAUUUAUUGCAGUUGCAACUUUUACAUCACGGGGAUUUCACAGGUUCAAUUUGAAAUAGUUCAGUUCAUUCAUCAAAGGAUAAAUGGCAGCCGAACCAGUUAAUGUUAAUGAGUUCCAAGAAUUAGCUAGGCAAGCCCUUCCUAAAAUGUACUAUGACUACUAUAGUGGUGGAGCUGAGGAUCAGCACACACUAAAAGAGAAUGUGGAAGCAUUUCAUAGAUUUACGAUCCUGCCAAGGGUACUUGUUGAUGCCAGCAGAAUUGAUUUGUCAACUACUGUUCUAGGGUACAAAAUUUCAGCACCUAUUAUGAUUGCUCCAACUGCAAUGCAUAAGUUGGCACACCCUGAAGGUGAAGUCGCCACAGCCAGAGCAGCUGCUGCAUGUAAUACCAUAAUGAUUUUAUCCUACAUGUCUACCUGCACAGUUGAGGAGGUUGCUUCAAGCUGCAAAGCUAUUCGGUUCUUUCAAUUAUAUGUAUACAAGAGGCGAGAUAUAACAGCUAAUUUAGUGCAGAGAGCUGAAAGAUGUGGAUACAAGGCCAUUGUCCUAACUGUAGAUACUCCUAGACUUGGUCGGAGGGAGGCAGACAUUAAGAACAAAAUGGUUGCACCUCAGCUGAAGAACUUUAAGGGCCUCAUAUCAACAAAAGUUUCCUCUGAUGAUGGUUCAAAUCUAGAAGCUUUUGCCAACAAUACAUUUGAUGCCUCUUUGUCUUGGAAGGACAUAGGAUGGUUAAGAUCUAUUACAAACUUGCCGCUUCUGAUCAAGGGAGUACUUACUUGUGAAGAUGCAAUAAAGGCUGUUGAAGUAGGCGUUGAUGGGAUUGUUGUCUCCAAUCAUGGAGGUCGGCAACUAGAUUAUUCUCCGGCCACUAUUUCUGUUCUGGAAGAGGUGGUUCAUGCUGUUAAAGGAAAGGUUCCUGUUUUGUUUGAUGGAGGAAUAAGGCGGGGAACAGAUGUUUUCAAGGCGUUAGCCCUCGGUGCUCAAGCCGUCCUUAUUGGAAGGCCUGCUGUCUAUGGGCUUGCUGCAAAAGGAGAAUAUGGGGUGAAAAGGGUUAUUGAAAUGCUGAAGGAUGAGCUUGAGCUCACCAUGGCUCUUUCUGGAUGCCCCACUGUGAAGGAUAUUACCAGAAACCAUGUCAGAACAAAGCAUGAGGCACUCCACUCUAUGCUUUAAAGUCUUUCAUUCAUGUUAAAUCCUCUUGUUAAGUUUGUUCAGAUCAUUGAUUAGGCAUCAAGCAAAGUGCGGAAUCUGUCAUCGCAUAACUAAUCAUAGGCCGUCAUCAAAAAAUGGAGUACUCUUUUGUGUCAUCUGUUUGGAGGAAUGGUGUCCUACUUUUCAAUUGAGAAAACUGCAACUUUAUAAAUCGAGCACAAGAAUAUUAAUGAAAUGUGCUACAAGUUACAAUACCUAU